AAUCCAAGACUUCUCCACAGUCACUGCAGGCUUAGUCGAUUAAAAAGAGGGUUUGGGUCGUGCCACCAAGUAAAUAAGCCCCCUCAACUUGAUUUCCUAGGUCCCGACCACUGGCAUGAGAUUUACCCAAUUGCCAAGGGGGACAACCAGUCACCCAUUGAGCUGCACUCCAAGGACAUUAAGCAUGACCCUUCCCUGCUGCCGUGGUCCACGUCUUACGACCCCGGCUCUUGCAAGACCAUCCUGAACAACGGCAAGACUUGCAGGGUUGUGUUUGAUGAUACUUUCGAUCGGUCAAUGCUGAGGGGGGGCCCUCUCACUGGACCCUACCGGCUCCGCCAGUUCCAUCUUCACUGGGGCUCCUCGGAUGACCACGGCUCCGAGCACACAGUGGAUGGAGUCAAGUACGCCGCCGAGCUGCAUUUGGUUCACUGGAACCCCAAGUACAACACGUUUGGAGAAGCUUUGAAGCAGCCUGAUGGGAUAGCCGUGGUUGGCAUUUUUCUGAAGAUAGGACGUGAGAAGGGUGAAUUCCAGCUGGUCCUUGACGCGCUGGACAAAAUCAAGACAAAGGGCAAGGAGGCGCCCUUCACGAACUUCGACCCGUCCUGCCUGUUCCCCGCCUGCCGCGACUACUGGACCUACCACGGCUCCUUCACCACGCCGCCCUGUGAGGAGUGCAUCGUGUGGCUUCUGCUCAAGGAGCCCAUGACCGUGAGCUCCGAGCAGAUGGCCAAGCUGCGCAGUCUCCUGUCCAGCGCCGAGAACGAGCCCCCAGCGCCCCUGGUGGGGAACUGGCGCCCGCCGCAGCCCAUCAAGGGCAGGGUGGUGAGAGCCUCCUUCAAAUGAGCCCUCUCAGGAAGGGACGCCUGCCACCGGAGGGCUUGGUUCCUGGCCUCCUUUGGUGCUUCUAACGCCAAGCACAUUUCAGUUUUCACAUUGAGCAAAGGAUGCGAGAGAUGUAGUCACCAAGAAACCCAGGUUACGGUUGACGAGAUCGAAUAGGAAAGCAUUUGGUCUCUGUAAUAAUCGUCUUUCCUAUAAAAGUAGCAUUUCUGGUAAUGUUUCAAAGAAGAAAAAAGAGGGUGUAGACUAGUAAACAUAUAGAAAACGGCUAUUGGGCACCAUUUUUUCUGUCAUCUUCCAUUUCACAGAAGUUCAGUUUUACUGUUUUCAUAUUACGCGUUGUCCAUCUUAAAGCCAUAAUGGGUAAUUCUAUAUGUAAGAGAAGAGGUGUCUGUGACCGUACAACAGUUACACAGAAGCAGAUAUUAAAAUGAUUAUGGACACCAAGAAUUGAGAUGAUGGUGUGUUUUAAUGCUUAAAUAAAAGAGGUCUAUCAUUUAUUAAAAUUGUACCUACUGUAAAGGUGACCUGGUUUUGACUAUCAGUGAAAGGAAAACACAUUUGACCCAGAGUUUAAAAAAAAAAAAAUUCGAACCAGUAUUUUAAUUUCUUCUUCAUAAAGAUGGUUGACUUUAUCCUAACAUUUUUCUUUACCUGAAGGAGGGCCAUUUAUUUUUAAUUUUACUACUUUUCUUUCUGCAUGCUUGUGACAAUACAAACUGCCUCCGAUAUCUUUCUAAUUAGAGGGUGGAACUAACAAUUCCUAGAACACGCAGGAGUGAAUGACUGCGCUUAAAAUAAAGCAGUUGGAAUGAGCAUCAAAACUAAUAAAGACAUGAAUGCAAAGAG